AUGGAUCAUAAACUUAAAUCUUUUAUUUACACAAGUAUACCUGAUUAUUAUGUAGUAGAGAGAAUAUAUAGCUUUGUUGUUAAAGCAAGGCUGUCUUUAUGUAUUUUAUUUAAUGCUAAAUAUAUUUAUGAUAAAUACACUACAAGACAAAAUAUUUAUGAUUAUCCUUCUACUGAACAUUACAGUACAUCCACUAAUUAUAAAUGUAAUGUAGAAUACGAUAGAUAUUUAUUGUUUAUCUGUUCUACUAUUAUUUCUUCUAAAAUAUAUUUGGAUUGUUCUUUUACAAAUGAUUCAUGGACAGAGAUAUGUCACUUUCCUGUUCUCUACAUUAAUAAAGUGGAAUAUAAAAUUCUUAAAGAAUUGGAUUAUAAUGUAUUUAUGCCAUAUGAAAAUUUAGAAAUGCUUUAUAGAGAAUAUGGGGAAAAAUUAGAACUACACAAUGAAGAAAAAAGGAAAAAGAGAACACUGCGAAGAUUUCUUAAUUUAUUUAUUUGUAUGUAA